GCAUCACUAGGCUCGGGAUACAGAGUUGACAGGUUCAUUUGCGCACGUGCUCACGAAGGCGGGUUGGAUAAUUAAAACAGGUGCAACAUUGUAAACCAGAUGCACGUAACUCGCGAACUGCGCUCACAGAAACGUUCUAAAGGCAGGAAGGAGACUUUGUCGGCUCAUUUGAACAGCUUGGGGUGUAGGCAAAGUACAAAAAACUUCCGUUCGUAGGCUACUGGAAAUGAGAUAACCUGCCUGGAUUUGGAAACGUGCGCAUGUUGUCUGAUUUUUUCCACAUAGGCCUACACCAGACCCAAUUACCGUCGGACCAAAGUCUAGAACACAUGUGCCACCCUCGAAAUGGGUUUGCCCAACAUUUAGUAAAUAUGACAGAGAUGAAGCAGGAGUGGUGAGCUUGGUUUAUCAGCCAGUUUCUCUAAACGUGUUUCCCAGUAGCCUAAUAUCCUACUCCCAAUAACUUAAAGUCUCGGUUAUUCGUUUGAGUAGCAAGCAGGCUUCGUCGAUUUUCAAAAAUGACUACUACUCCUCUUCAUGGCGACUCUCAUCCCGACGGCCCUAAGACUGAAAACGACGGCAAACAAUCAGUUGGCUUGAAGAAGCAGAUCGGCCUUGUCAGUGCAUGUGCAAUUAUUAUAGGUAACAUCAUUGGAUCUGGAAUUUUCGUCAGUCCCAAGGGAGUUUUGGAGAAUGCGAGUUCAGUGGGCCUGUCACUUAUUGUGUGGGCAAUCACGGGCGCAAUCACGGCCAUCGGGGCCCUUUGCUAUGCCGAGCUUGGUGUGACCAUACCAAAGUCUGGCGGUGACUAUUCCUACGUCAAGGAUGUUUUUGGCGAAGUGGCUGGGUUUCUGAGGCUGUGGAUUGCAGUGCUGGUGAUCUACCCCACCAACCAGGCAGUUAUCGCCCUGACCUUCUCCAACUACAUCCUCCAGCCUCUCUUCCCCUCCUGCUUCCCCCCUGACACCAGCCUGCGAAUAUUAGCAGCAGUCUGUCUCUUGGUGUUAACCUGGGUAAACUGCUCCAGUGUGAAUUGGGCAACACGUGUUCAGGACGUCUGCACAGCUGGAAAACUCCUGGCACUUUGUCUGAUCAUCGUCAUGGGACUGGUGCAGAUCUGUAAAGGGCAUUACUUCUGGCUGGAGCCAAAGCAUGCUUUUACCACUCAACAGGACUAUGAUAUGGGGAGAGUUGCUCUGGCCUUCCUGCAAGGGUCCUUUGCUUAUGGCGGCUGGAAUUUUCUUAACUAUGUCACAGAGGAGCUCAUCGAUCCUUACAGGAACCUUCCCCUCGCGAUCUUCAUCUCCAUUCCCGUGGUGACAUUUGUGUACGUGUUUGCCAACGUGGCCUAUGUAACUGCCAUGAGCCCUACGGAGCUGAUCAACUCCAAUGCUGUGGCUGUGUUGUUUGGUCAGAGGGUAAUGGGCGUGAUGUCCUGGAUCAUGCCCAUUUCUGUGGCCAUCUCCACAUUUGGAGGAGUCAACGGGUCUCUCCUGACCUCCUCACGCUUGUUUUUUGCCGGUGCAAGGGAAGGACACCUACCUCAUUUGUUUGCCAUGAUCCACACAAACCGAUGCACCCCCAUCCCAGCUCUGCUCUUCACAUGUCUGUCAACGCUGCUGAUGCUCUGUACCAGUGACAUGUAUACGCUUAUAAAUUACGUUGGGUUCAUAAACUACUUCUUCUAUGGCGUCACUGUUGCUGGACAGAUUGUGUUGCGCAUCAGACAGCCUGACUUGAAACGUCCCAUCAAGGUGAGCCUGGUGUGGCCAGUGGUGUAUCUGCUCUUCUGGGUCUACCUGCUGGUGUUCUCCCUGUACUCUGAGCCCGUGGUGUGCGGGAUAGCGCUCGCAAUCAUGCUGACUGGAAUCCCUGUCUAUCUGCUGUGUGUGUACUGGGAGAGCAAGCCAAAGGGCUUCAAUAACGCUAUAGGUGCAGUUACACACUUGUGCCAGAAGGUCUGCAUGGUAGUCUACCCAUGUGAAGAGGAGGAGGAGGCGGCUGAUGGUGAGGCGGUGGAGAACUAGGACGGACCAAACGACAACGACAACACGUGCACAUCAGGGGAGUAUACCAAGAACUUGGCUCAGUACUAAACCAGCUUAACUGAACCUUGAGUUAGUGGUAAAGCAUCUAUUAGAAGAGCCCACAGUGCUCAUGUUCUUCACUUAAUGACAUCUGUGGGCUGUAUAUUAGCAGGUUUACCCAUUUCUGUAGGAUCAUUUAGAUAGGUUUAUCACUUGACCAUGUUCUUGGAAUACCUCCCAGGUGCUGAGCGUGUGUGUCUGGGCUCUGGCUGAAAAUGUCGAAUGCAUGUUCAUGUCACUACAAUUGAGGGAGGUCUGAUGCCUCCUGGGAUUAUCUUUGAAAGUGUUUAAAGCCCAAAGGCCAGCUGUUUGUGUUAUGUUUGUUGUAUGUAUGUAUGUAUGUAUGUAUGUAUGUAUGUAUGUGUUUGUAUGAUUUAGCUGUUUGUUUUGUUCUCCAUCUUGGUGUAUAUAAAAAGCAAUGUUGCCCAGAAAAAAAAGUUUAUGACUCCAUGGCUUGUACUGUUUGUUUGUUUGGCUGCAUGUACAUUUAUGUCCCCUUGAAACCAUAUGACCAUAUGAGUUUGAGGAAUUCAUAAUACAAACCUCUUCUAACGGCUGAAUUUGUGUGCUUAAAAAAUACCAGUGGAAGUGCUAUUUUAAUGUAUUGUAUUUGCUUAUUUCAACAGUAUUCAGUUGUCAUGAAAUGGUUGUAUCACUUGUUUUGUAAAGAUUAUCUUAAAUAAAAAUGGACCAUUGUUA